CAGAGUAAGCUAGUAAUGCCAUCUAGGGUUCAUGCCGAGUUCAAACUGCUGGUUUUAUGUUUGUGACCAUUUGUUUUCAUCGCAAUAAAUUUCAGUGACUUAAUUUGUUUUAAAAUGACUCGUCCAAAGAAUAAAGGAAAUGGUUUGACCAAACAACAACUUAUGGUUGUGACUAUCAAUGAAAUUAUUCAGCAUUUGGUUAAAGCACAUGAGGAGGCUAAGGAUGUAAAUUUGACAAAACUUAAGUGUGACAUAUCUCGCAAAUAUGGUCUUGAGAAUCAACCGAAGUUGGUUGACAUAAUCGCUGGUGUUCCUCAAGAAUAUAGGAAAAUACUGCUUCCCAAGUUGCGAGCUAAGCCGAUCAGAACAGCCAGUGGAAUUGUGGUUGUGGCAGUUAUGUCUAAGCCUCACCGAUGUCCUCAUAUAAACAUGACUGGGAACAUAUGUGUAUAUUGUCCUGGUGGACCGGACUCUGAUUUUGAAUACUCUACUCAAUCAUAUACUGGUUAUGAACCUACAUCAAUGAGAGCAAUCAGAGCUCACUACAAUCCGUUUGUUCAAACACGCAAUAGACUGGACCAACUGAAACAACUGGGUCACGAUAUUGAUAAAGUGGAAUUCAUCGUUAUGGGAGGAACAUUCAUGUCUCUACCUGAAGAGUAUCGGGAUUAUUUCAUCAGAAAUUUGCAUGAUGCACUAUCUGGACAUACGAGCUCUUCAGUUUCUGAAGCAGUUAAAUUCAGUGAAAAAUCUCGGACAAAGUGCAUUGGUAUAACUAUAGAAACAAGACCAGAUUACUGUCUCAAUCGUCAUCUAAGUGACAUGUUAUCUUAUGGAUGUACAAGACUUGAAAUCGGUGUGCAGUCUGUUUAUGAGGAUGUUGCUCGUGAUACUAACAGAGGACACACUGUUAAAGCUGUUAAAGAAACUUUUCAAUUCGCUAAAGAUUGCGGUUUUAAAGUUGUAGCUCAUAUGAUGCCAAACUUACCGAAUGUUGAUUUGGAACGUGAUCUAGAGCAGUUUGUUGAAUUCUUUGAAAAUCCAGAUUUUCGCGCAGAUGGAUUGAAAAUUUACCCAACUUUAGUGAUUAGAGGUACAGGGCUCUAUGAACUAUGGAAGACUGGUCGUUAUCGAAGUUAUCCUCCUAGUGUCUUAGUAGAUUUUCUGGCUCAGAUAUUAGCCUUAGUGCCUCCUUGGACUCGAGUUUAUCGUGUACAACGUGAUAUACCAAUGCCUUUAGUUUCAUCCGGAGUUGAACAUGGAAAUAUAAGAGAAUUAGCAUUAGCCAGAAUGGCUGACUAUGGAACCACAUGUAGAGAUAUACGAACCAGGGAAGUUGGUAUCCAAGAAAUUCAUCACAAAAUCAAACCUUAUCAGGUUGAACUCGUUCGUCGAGAUUAUGUUGCAAAUGGAGGCUGGGAAACGUUCCUUUCUUACGAAGAUGUUCAACAAGAUAUUUUAAUUGGUCUUUUAAGAUUAAGAAAUUGUUCACCUGAUACUUUCCGCCCAGAAUUGAAGGGCUGUUGUUCAAUUGUAAGAGAAUUGCAUGUUUAUGGUAGUGUUGUGCCUAUAAGUGGAAAGGAUCCAACCAAAUUUCAACAUCAAGGAUUCGGUAUGCUUUUGAUGGAAGAAGCUGAAAGAAUUUCACUCAAUGAACAUGGAUCUACUAAGAUCGCAGUUAUUUCAGGUGUUGGAACCAGAAAUUAUUAUAAAAAACUUGGUUACUCGUUGGAAGGUGUAUAUAUGUGCAAAUCUUUAAUUUAAUCAAAAAUUGUUAUUGAAUUGAGAUUCACAAAAUGUUUUGUGUAUUUUUCAUUAAAUAUUAUAUUGUUUAAUAAAUGCUUAAAAAUUAA